CCUAAACCUCGUUGAAUUCCGACCGGGUAGACCUCGUCCAUGGUCGAACCUCGGAGAAACUAAAAUGGAAGCCCCCGCUCAAGACCAACCCGCCCUCGCCCUGGAACCGCCGCCGCCGCCGCCGCCGCAGCCGCCGCUGCUCUCCAAGAACGCCCAGAAGAGGCUCCUGAAGCAGCAGCGGUUCGAGGCGAAGAAGGCGGAGAAGAAGGCGCAGGUGAAGGAGCACAAGAGGCGGGAGGCCGAGCGGCGGCGCCGGGAAUGGGAGGAGACCCUCGAGGGCGCCGCCACCGAGGAGGAGCGCUCGCGGCUGAUCGAGUCGCGGCGGGAGCUCCGGCGGGAGCGGAUGGAGAAGCGGUCGGAGGAGCGCGGGCAGAAGCUCCGGCGGCUCGAGGACGCGCGGGCGGGCGGGCAGAAGGUCGUGAUCGACCUCGAGUUCGCCCACCUCAUGUCGGCUAACGAGAUCAACAGCCUCUGCCAGCAGAUUAUGUACUGCUACGCGAUGAAUGGGAGAUAUGAGUAUCCCUGUCACUUAUGGUUGACCGGAUGCGGGGGAGAAAUGGGGGCCCAGUUGCGGAGGAUACCAGGAUUUGAUAAGUGGCUUGUCGAGAAGGAAGACCAAUCCUAUAUCGAGGCAUUGCAGGAUCAGAAGGAGAAUUUGAUGUACCUGACAGCGGACUCGGAGAACGUGCUCGACGUGCUCGAUCAGAAGAAGGUUUACAUCAUCGGUGGGUUGGUGGAUCGGAACAGGUGGAAAGGGUUGACCAUGAAGAAAGCAGAGGAGCAGGGGAUACAGACUGCGAAAUUGCCUAUCGGGAAUUACUUGAAGAUGUCGAGUUCUCAGGUUCUGACUGUGAACCAAGUAGUGGAGAUACUCCUCAAGUUCUUGGAGACGAAGGAUUGGAAGGAGUCCUUCUUUCACGUGAUUCCUCAGAGAAAACGGUGUGAAGCGGAUUCGAUCGAAUCUCGAGGCGAAGCCGAGGAGGAAGAAAAUGUAGAGGACAAUCAACCUGAGGGUAACAAGGAGUGUGUUGAAGUUCCGUCUCCUAACUGAACUAUAGAUCGCGGUAACCCGUUUUUGUUUAAUUUCCUUACAUCCCAUUCCCGUUGUGAAUUGGGAGAGCCAACAGCACGAGUUCAUUGAUGAUCAUCUGGCUCUACAUUUUUGUAUUCUGUGAGUACCCAAGUGAUCUCUUUCUGAUUUGAGGCUUUGAGGAGAUAUAACCUUUAGUCAUCAUCAUCAAUGGCUGUAAAUGCAUGCUGGCUUCUAUA